AUGGUUGACCAAGCUGAGGUGACAGCAACAUCAACAUCAACAUCAACCGCGAGCUCUCCGCCAGUCCUAACAAAAUCAUCCACCGUCUCGACGUCGUCGACGUCCCCAUCAGCUCUCCCCACGCCACCAUCCAAGUCGGAUGCAAAGCCCAUUAAAUUGAGAGCCGCGUGUAAUCAUUGCUUUUCGGCCAAGGUGAGUGAGAGUGAUACCAUGUCUGUCCAACUCGAAUCAUUUCUGACGGCCAUGGGACAGGUUCGAUGUGAUGGCAAUAAGCAAGGCUGCCGGAGAUGCUCCGAGAAACGACUAUCUUGCGUCUAUAGCGAGUCGAGAGUCGGCAAAGUUGUGGGUAAACGACGGAAACGACCCGUAGACGACUCAAUCGGCAACAUUAAUUCCCAAUCAUGGAUUGUCAACACAGCCCCUGUUCAAUCAAUACCUUCACCAGCCAACACUCAGGGCUCCGACGAACCAGUGAAAAGGCACUGUAAUGUAACCCCAUGGACCUCUUUCAUCGCCGGUCCGGAGGAACCGGGAUUUCUCAGCUUCGAUGAGACAGCGGAUGCUCUUCAUGCCAUCGACAUGGCCGACAACCGAAGUUUUUCCAUGACCAGCGAGAUGACCUUUUUCAAUAAUAGUGGGCUGCCUACGCCAGCUCUCAGCCCACCGCAAUUCACAAGGUACCUAUCACCGGCCCAACUGGAAACUCGUCCCACUUCCAGGCAUACCUUUGUGCAAGCCGAUGCAUCGCAAUUACAGCUACCUCAGCGAAGCCCAGCGGCAACCCGCCAAGUGGACAGCGUGCAGGAAGACGAAGAAAUGGUUUGCAUCAAACUUCUGGCCCACAUCAAGAAGCAUGCGAGUGAUGAGAUGCAGCCACGGGAGUUGCAGAUCGAUCUUCUUCGAAAGUGCAAUGCUGCGAUGCAGAGAAUUCUGAGAAGUCAGACGAUUCGAUCGGAUUACGCUUGCCAUUUGGUACUAUCAAGCAUCAUCACUCAUCUCGUGCAGUUAUGUGAGAGGCUUUGCGUAUGCAAAAUGGAGGAGCCUCGAGCUCUGGAUUCACAGUUUCUUCAAGACCAAGUGCAUUUCGCCGAGGCGAUGCCUGGCUUCUUUGAUGCAGCCAUGUGUUCUACCAUGGUGACGGCCGAACAGGACCAGUUGGUCCACCUCGUCUCGGAGGUGAUGACAUUCGUUUCCGCCGUUGGGGAGAUGCUCAAGCAAAAGCCGAUGCCAGGAUUUCAAUAUCUGGGCAGGCAUGAAACCCUACACUUUGAAUUAGAACAAAGAUUACGGCAAGCUUCGAUGCAGCUGCAAUGA